ACCUAGAUCUUUCCAGUUAAUCACACAACAAACUUAGCUCAUCGCAAUAAAAAGCAGCUCAGAGCCGCCUGGCUCUUGGAGGCAUUGAGUCGCAACAGGAUUCUUUCACCCAGGCAUCUUCUCCAGUGGGAUCCGCAGCGCGUCCAGCACCAUGUGGGUGACCAAACUUCUGCCAGUGCUGCUGCUGCAGCAGGUCCUCCUACACCUUCUUCUGCUUCCCAUCGCCAUCCCCUAUGCAGAAGGACAGAAGAAAAGAAGAAACACGCUUCAUGAAUUCAAAAAGUCAGCAAAGACUACUCUAUUUAAAGAAGACCCAUUACUGAAGAUAAAAACCAAAAAAAUGAACUCAGCAGACCAGUGUGCCAAUAGAUGUAUUAGGAAUAAAGGACUUCCAUUCACUUGCAAGGCCUUUGUUUUUGAUAAAGCAAGAAAACGAUGCCUCUGGCUCCCUUUCAAUAGCAUGUCAAGUGGAGUGAAAAAAGAAUUUGGCCAUGAAUUCGACCUCUAUGAAAACAAAGACUACAUUAGAAACUGCAUCAUUGGUAAAGGAGGUAGCUACAAGGGAACGGUAUCUAUCACUAAGAGUGGCAUCAAAUGCCAGCCCUGGGAUUCCAUGAUACCACAUGAACACAGCUUUUUGCCUUCGAGCUAUCGGGGUAAAGACCUACAGGAAAACUACUGUCGAAAUCCUCGAGGGGAAGAAGGGGGACCUUGGUGUUUCACAAGCAAUCCAGAGGUACGCUACGAAGUCUGUGACAUUCCUCAGUGUUCAGAAGUUGAAUGCAUGACCUGCAAUGGGGAAAGUUAUCGAGGUCCCAUGGAUCGUACAGAAUCAGGCAAGAUUUGUCAGCGCUGGGAUCAUCAGACGCCACAUCGGCACAAAUUCUUGCCAGAAAGAUAUCCCGACAAGGGCUUUGAUGAUAAUUAUUGCCGCAAUCCUGAUGGCAAGCCGAGGCCAUGGUGCUACACUCUUGACCCUGACACCCCUUGGGAGUACUGUGCAAUUAAAAUGUGUGCUCACAGUACUAUGAAUGACACAGAUGUCCCUUUCGAAACAACUGAAUGCAUUAAAGCUCAAGGAGAAGGCUACCGGGGCACCAUCAGUACCAUUUGGAAUGGAAUUCCAUGUCAGCGAUGGGAUUCCCAGUAUCCUCACCAGCAUGACAUAACUCCUGAAAAUUUCAAGUGCAAGGACCUAAGAGAAAAUUAUUGCCGAAAUCCAGAUGGGGCUGAGUCACCCUGGUGUUUUACCACUGAUCCAAACAUCCGAGUUGGCUACUGCUCCCAAAUUCCAAAAUGUGACGUGUCAAGUGGACAAGAUUGUUAUCGUGGGAAUGGCAAAAAUUAUAUGGGCAAUUUAUCCAAAACACGAUCUGGACUCACAUGUUCAAUGUGGGACAAGAACAUGGAAGACUUACACAGGCACAUCUUCUGGGAACCAGAUGCUAGUAAGCUGACUAAGAAUUACUGUCGGAAUCCUGAUGAUGACGCCCAUGGUCCCUGGUGUUACACGGGGAAUCCUCUCAUUCCUUGGGAUUACUGCCCUAUUUCUCGUUGUGAAGGUGAUACCACACCUACAAUAGUCAAUUUAGACCAUCCUGUAAUAUCUUGUGCCAAAACAAAACAAUUGCGAGUUGUAAAUGGAAUUCCAACACGAACAAAUGUAGGAUGGAUGGUUAGUUUGAAAUACAGAAAUAAACAUAUCUGUGGAGGAUCAUUGAUAAAGGAGAGUUGGAUUCUAACCGCAAGACAGUGUUUCCCUUCUCGAAACAAAGACUUGAAAGAUUACGAAGCUUGGCUUGGGGUUCAUGAUGUCCAUGGAAGAGGAGAUGAGAAACGCAAACAGGUUCUGAAUGUUUCCCAGCUGGUAUAUGGGCCUGAAGGAUCAGAUCUGGUGCUGCUGAAGCUUGCUAGACCUGCUGUCCUGGAUGAUUUUGUUAGUACAAUUGAUUUACCUAAUUAUGGAUGCACAAUUCCUGAAAAAACUACCUGCAGUAUUUAUGGAUGGGGCUACACUGGAUUGAUCAACUCUAAUGGUCUAUUACGAGUAGCACACCUCUCCAUUAUGGGGAAUGAGAAAUGCAGCCAAUAUCAUCAAGGGAAGGUGACGCUGAAUGAGUCUGAAAUAUGCGCUGGAUCUGAAAAUAUUGUAACAGGACCAUGCGAGGGUGAUUAUGGCGGCCCACUUGUUUGUGAACAACAUAAAAUGAGAAUGGUUCUUGGUGUCAUUGUUCCUGGUCGUGGAUGUGCCAUUCCAAAUCGUCCUGGCAUUUUUGUCCGAGUAGCAUAUUAUGCAAAAUGGAUACACAAAAUUAUAUUAACUUAUAAGGUACCACAGUUAUAGCUGAUGUAACUGUGGCUGAAGCUUCCAUCAAAACAACUCUUUUACCUGAAGAUUCAGAGAACAUGGAAUUCAAACAUCACAUCAAACAAUUCUAAGACAACUACUUGAGUGUCAAGUUUGUUAAGAUACUCAUUAAUAUUUAUGGGUGUUUUAUUUUGUUUUGUUUGUCAGUGUUACUUUGUAAAUGUUGAAGUGACUUAAGGUACAUGCAAGUGUAGUAACAUAUCUCCUGAAGAUACUUGAAUGGAUUAAAAAAUACAAAGGAAUAAUUGCUGGGUGAUAAAAGAUUUAAUGGAAAAGAUCAAUUAAUCUCUCUACGCUGCUUUCCAAAGUUAGUUUCUUAAUAAUGAAUAAACCAUAACUUAAACAUUAUUUUAGUCUCACAAAAACAAUUUAUACCUUGUUUCCUUAAAGUGUAACUCAAUAUUAAAUUAUAUUACCAUUUCAUAUGCCACACAUUAUAUUUCAUUUGUUUCUCCUUACUGUGUAUCCUGUAAUACUGGUACACCUACAUUUUACAAGAACAUGUACCCAUAUACACAUGCCUGGGUACACAUGUGCAUGCACUGAAGUUCAAAUUGUGGUGUAUCUAACAUAACCCUUAAAUAUUCCGAAAGUGUGUACUUAUAGAUUUUCCUUAAGAAAAAAAAAUAGAAAUUUCUAAAGACCAGUAGAAAUAUUAAGGAAAGGUGCAAGAUAUAUAUCCUCCAUAUAUAAUCUGCAGAUUACCUCUACUGGUUGGCAUUUAAGGUGUGUUCACGACCCACAAAGUUAAAUAACGUCUAAUCUAGGUGGUUACAUAUAUUUCUCACCCUAGUUUUUGUAGUUUUUAAUUCUUAAAAGCAAGAGGGUAAUAUGUAUAUUAGUAUUAUUUCUCUCCUCCAAAUUUAGGGCUACUUUUUAAUGCAAGAUAGUUUUUGAUCUAUUUUUCUAAUUUUUAAAAAAAAUUCUUAGAUAAAUGUGUAAUGGAAGUUUAAAAUUGUUUUGGUCUUUAAAAUGUACUUAAGAAAGUUAACUUUAAGACUUGCAGCUGUGACUGACUUCUAGCUUACCCUCCUUAAUUUUAAAAAAUUAUUUCAGAGGAAAUUUCCACAUCCCCAAAGAUUUGCAAACAGACCUUUAUCAAAUUAUACAUUAAAGUGUAUAUUGAAGACAAACAUCACAAUAUUGUUUCAACCUAAAAGUCUUUUAGUCUAAUAAAACUUUAAUCAAGCAAAGAAAAAAUGUAAAAGGAAAGGAAAGAAAAUGACUUGUCUAAACUCUGUAUUCAAAUAUUUUUUUUAAAAGUAGAGUUGAAUCUGCUGAAUGAGAUACUUUAGCAAGAUAUUUCAUCUUAUCUUACUUCAUUUUACAUAGAUCUUUCCUAGUGCCAUGGGAAAUAUUCAAAUUUUGUACUCUGUAUGAUCAUUGCCAAAUUAUCAUAUUUAUUAUAUUUUUGUAUUUGUCAUGAUUAGCUAAAAAUCAUGUAUUUGGCAUGAAAUAAGAUCACAAAGAGUAAUAGCAUAGAUUUCAAAAUUUUAAAACAUCUUCCUGUACAAAAAAAUCUUCAAAAAUAAUUAUUUGAAUGAUUCAAAUCCAGUAUUCCCAUUUCUCUCUUGUUUCUCUUGAAUGAUCUCUAUUAAAGCCAGGGAUUUUAUUAAAGGGUAAAAACACCACCACCAAUAAACCAUCAGACAUGGUAUAUAAAGCAGUUCUCUCUUUGGAAAGUUUGUAAUAGACAGAGAUGGGUGGAAUUGACAAUGAACACAAGAUGAACAAAAUCCAUAGGAUUUUACAUGGUAGGACAGGGUAUAAAUCAUGUCUUUUUCUCUGGUGAAAGAUACUAUUUCCUGGGCAUUCUUUUCUUAAUAAACUACAAAACAAUGAAAAAUCCAAAUUAUCCAAAAAUCAUUUCAUUUUGAGUCAUGGACAAAAGGAUCUUUUAAAUUAGAAGUUUUCAAUGCUACUUUUGUUUCGGCUGUUUGAAUAAUGGUUAUAUGCCGUUAUAAUUGUGGACAUUUUCUUAUGUCUACCAGGAAUAGUAAUGUAAAUUUAAAGUAUUUGUCAUAAUGCCUCUGCUGUGCAGAAGGAAUAAUAAUCCUUUUGUAUACUUCUUUAAUUUUAUUGUAAAAUAUGUAAUGUCUUUUACCUAUUUGCUGUGGGCAGGUCCUCGGUAAAAUGGUUUAUAUUGAAUCAAUCUCUAGUAUUAACAGGCUCUGGCUUGCUAUCUAAGUGUUUCAAACUAUGGGAAAUGAGAGACACUGGAAGGCAAGAAAAAUAACAAUAAUGGUAUAUGAUAGCAAAGUUGUAUUUCACUUAUUCCUGUGAAUAUUUCUUGUUGGUACCAAUGGUACUAUACAAAGUGAAUGUUAUAGCCACAACAUUCUCUUGAAAAAAAAACCCAAAACACUGUCAAGAAGUGAAAAAUUGCUGUCAACCAUGUUUCUUAUUGUGUCAAAUAUUUCUUUUUUUUAAAGAAAUACUGGUUUUGCAAUAGAGAGAUCAUGAGGUAAAUAAUUUUAAUAAGAUCUCAUACUAAAAAAUUUAAAUGGAUAUACUGAGGUUAAAAAUUGAUUAUUUUCAAACAAUUAUAUUCCAUAUAUGUAGAUAAACUCAUUUGAAAUAUAAAAUUAAUUUGAAUAAAAAGACAAUCUUUGUGUGAAUAAAUUACUUUUCACAAUAAAGUUCAAAAAUGAGUGACCUUUCAACAUUCAACUGAGUUUUGAACUAAGAAUUUACUAAUUAAAAAAAUGUUAAAAUUUUUUGGACCUUAUAAAUCUCGACAGUGUAAUUUUAAGUAAGUUCAUUUCCAUUUGCACAGAAAGUUUCUGUCUUUAGGAAACUGAAAAUGGAAUACUGUGGAUGUUAUGACUAUUUGUGUUGUGUGUAAAUAGGAAAUUGAUAAGCUGCCUAUUGAGUGGUAUAGCAGGAUGCUUACCCAAAAAGGGAACACUGUGGUUAUGACUUGUAUAUAAAGAUUCUGUAGUUAAUAAAGUUGUUAUUUUUAUAACCAUGAUUAUAUUAUUAUUAUUCUUAAUAA